ACUGAAGCCUUGACCCCUUGAUCUCCCUACUCUCCAUACCUUUGUUCUGGGAACUAAUAAGUUCAGACACUCCUUCCUCAGAUAGGGACUAGAAGCUUCCCAUGCAGAUUUAACAGGGUGGGUAUCAAAUGGAGAGAGGUUUUUUGUUUGUUUGUUUUUAGUUUCUUUUCUUAAUCUAGGAAGUCCCUCCUAGUGUCUGGCUGCAGGCCUUCUUGCUACUGCAGAAUUCCCCCCAAAUCUGUCCACUUCCAGCCGCACUUCCCUGGCUGGAUAAUAAGAGGAGGCAGGAGGGUGUGCCCUCGGCCUUGUCCCCCCCAGAACCCAGGCAGGCCUGUCCCUUCCCAGAGUUGCCAUCCCCAUAAGCAUCUCUGAGCACGUGGCCCUCUGGAGCCUGGCUGGCCGCCUUGCUCCAGUGUGGGUGUCUGCACUUGAACACCUCCCUUCUGCCUGCCCACCGCCCCCCCUCAGCCUCAGCUGCGGCCAGCCCCCUCCCCCUCCUGUCCCCUGCUGCCUCCUUGCAGCCGGCUCUCCCUCCUGGCAAAGCCUUCAGCCCAGCCUGCUCCUAGCUGUCCACGGCGCUUCGGCAGCCGGCUUCCCUCCCUCCUUCCCUCCCUGGCUGCCUCCUCCUCCCUUCUCCUACCCUCCUUCCCCCUUCACCCCCAUCCCCUGCCCUGGACUCUGCAAACAUGAGGGUCUUGGCCUGCCUCCUUGCACUACUGGUGGGGACCCAGGCUAUUGAGCGACUACGCCUGGCUGAUGGCCCUCACGGCUGUGCAGGACGCCUGGAGGUCUGGUACAGCGGGCGCUGGGGCACUGUGUGUGAUGACGGAUGGGACCUUCGGGAUGCUGCAGUGGCCUGCCGUGUACUGGGCUGUGGAGGGGCGCUGGCCGCCCCUGGGGGUGCCUUCUUCGGGGAGGGCACUGGACCUGUGUGGCUCAGUGAGCUGGCCUGCCGGGGCAGUGAGGGACAGCUGGGUAUCUGUCCCCACCGGGGCUGGAAGGCCCAUAUCUGUUCUCAUGAGGAGGACGCAGGCGUCGUCUGUGUAGGUCAGCGUGCAGCUAACUCUAGAGAAGAUUCAACAUCCCUACUGGCUGGGGAUCCGUGGCCACCACUGUCUGGGGAGCUGAGCCUGAGCUCAGAGGAGCCCCCAGUGACUCAUGCUCCCCAGCCAGCAGCAAGCUCCCAGAAUGGUCCUCGCAAGAAGAACCCCCGACCACCCAAGCAGGCCAAGUCCACCCGGGCCCCUGUACUGACAAAUGGAGCUUCCCGCCAAGAGCGACUGCGCUUGGUCUCAGGUCCCCACGGAUGCGCUGGCCGCCUGGAAGUCUGGCACGGUGGACGCUGGGGCACUGUGUGUGAUGAUGGAUGGGACCUCCGAGAUGCAGCAGUGGCCUGUCGGGAGCUGGGAUGUGGUGGGGCGCUUGCUGCCCCUGGGGGUGCCAGAUUCGGACCUGGUGCAGGACCCGUGUGGAUGGACGACGUGGGGUGUGGAGGAGGAGAGCAGGCUCUCCGGGACUGUCCCCGGAGCCCCUGGGGCCGGAGCAACUGUGACCACACUGAGGAUGCAGGGCUGGUCUGCACUGGUCCUGCACCCAGGCUGCGACUUGCUGAUGGUCCCCACGGCUGUGCCGGCCGCCUGGAGGUUUGGCAUGGCGGUCGCUGGGGAUCAGUGUGUGAUGAUGCUUGGGAUCUUCGUGAUGCCGCUGUGGCCUGCAGGGAGCUGGGCUGUGGGGGCGCGUUGGCUGCCCCAGGGGGCGCCUUCUUUGGGGAGGGGGCUGGACCCAUAGUCCUGGAUGAUCUCAGAUGUCGGGGAAAUGAGACAGCCUUGCGAUUCUGCCCUUCGAGGUCCUGGGGCCAGCAUGACUGUCACCAUCGGGAGGAUGCUGGGGCCGUGUGUGAUGGCAUGCCGCUAGGCGAUGUGCAACCCACAGCCCCCACAAUGGACAGCAACACCUCAGCACCCCGGCUUCUGUCUACCUCAGUGAGCCAGACCCCAGGCCCAGUAGGCAGUCGGCCUCCUGCCUCUCCCACUGACCCUCCAGAGCCUGGGCCUGAAGCUGGGUCUCCCCAGCUGCGCCUGGUGGCUGGUCCCAGCAGGUGCUCUGGCCGCCUGGAGGUAUGGCAUGAUGGACGCUGGGGGACAGUUUGUGAUGACGGCUGGGACAUGAGAGACUCGGCCGUGGUCUGCCGGGAGCUGGGCUGUGGGGGGCCUCGGCAGCCAGACCCUGCAGCAGGCCGCUUCGGUUGGGGCGCGGGCCCCAUCUGGCUGGAUGACGUAGGUUGUGUGGGGACGGAGGCUUCGCUGUCAGAAUGUCCCGCUGCUUCCUGGGGGAAGCACAACUGUGCCCACAAUGAGGAUGUUGGGGUCACCUGCACUGGGACCCCUGGCCUGGAUACUCUCUCAGACCCCUUCAGCUGGAGCUGGCUCCCUGGGCUGGGGAGAGAUCAGGAUGCCUGGAUUCCAGGAGAGCUGGCCACCAAACCCUCUGCUGACCUCACCUCCAGUGUGCUAGAGAAGACCACAAAGUCUCCAGGGAAAGCGCCCAAGAGCACUAAGAAGUGGGUGACUAAAAACACGAAGCGGCCAACCACUCCGCCCCCUGGGAUGCCAACCACUAGACGCUCCAGGGUCCCAGGCACCCCAAGCACCCUAAAUCUAACUCCACGUACCUCCGACUUACCUAAAAGACUGACCACUGAGGCUCCCCACAGACAGAUGUCACAUACCCCUGUAAAACUGACCCCCAGGGUGCCCUGGGAGUGGACCUCAGAGACUGUAACAUCACUGUCCACUCAAGGCCCCCAAGAAGUGACCUCUGAGGCCACCAUCACACAGAUCCCUCAAGCCUCCUUGGAGCCAUCUGGUGAGAGCCCAGAAGGUUCUCUGGAGUCCUCCCGAGAUCCAGCCCCCUCCCCAUCUGCUGGAGUCCCUACACCAUCAGGGUACACAGGUGACGAUGAUUAUCCCUCCUGGACUUGGGACCCCACUUCAGGAGAGGACCUGACCAAAGGAACCACUGCAGCAACACGACCUGGACAAACUCUUUCCUGGGGGGCUACCACUAGGAACCCAGAAGUCCCCUCUUCAGGAACACAGAGGCUGCCAGACACAGAUGACCAGGGCGGUUAUGAACUCUCCUGGACGUGGGAUGCACCUUCACGGAGGGGUCUGUCCAGAGGGACCCCCACCACGACCAAACCCCGACUCACUGUCGCCAGCAGCACCGGCAAGAGUCCAGGCCACCCUUUUCCAGCUCCGAGGGCCCGUGCAGGCACAGGUUCCCCAAGGAAGCCAAAACCAGAGCGCAGGCUGCUGCGACCAACCCCAGCCAGGACAGCACCCACCACCUCAUCCCCAGCUCCUUCCACCUCCCCAGCGCCUUCUGGCUCACCACUGACCUCUGGCUCCGGGCCACAGUUCAUCCCUGACUCAGCCACAAAGCGGGAGAGGACCACAGGCCCUCCCCAAACAUCUCCACCCACCCCGGGACUGACCUCUUUGACAGCCUCUGACUCUGCUUUGUCCACUUCUGAUGCCAGUUUGCUCCCUACUGGGACCCCACAGCACUCCCGGAGCCUGACAUCCACUUCCCCUAAAGGACUAACCUCUGACUCCUCUGCGCUACCAGAGGGGACCAGCCUUUCCCCUAUCUCAGAGCUGACCCCAGGAUCCGACAUAACCCCAGGCUUGGGUACAACACCUAAAAUAGUCCCAGAGAGUUCUGACUCCUCAGGCAUCCUCAUGAGCCUCAGGACCCCCACACAGCCUUCCACCGUCCCUCAUCCCACCACAGCCCCUCACCCCAGCCCAGCCCCUCACCCGACCACCACCCCUAACCCCACCACCAUCCCUCACCCCACCACUACCCCUCACCCGACCACGACCCCUCUACACACCACAACUUCUCACCCUACCGUGACCACUGAACACACCACAGACCCUCAGCUUCCCAGGAUCCCUCACCCCACCACAACACCUCAACCUCCCACCAACCCUCAUGCUUCCUUAACCACUGCCACCCCUACAAAGUCCCUUCCAUCCUCCCUGGAGACGGGGUUUCCCUCUGUCACUCUGGAACCAAGGGUCAAGCCUAGCCUACACCCAGAAAUGACCUUUGAGGGAGCCCCUCCCACAAGCACAUCCCAGAAGCAGAACCUGGAGCCCUCUCCAGCCUCCAAGUCUGACCCCUCCAGGCUCUCUCCAGCCCCAAGCAUGGACCCACAGUCCACGGAGAUCUUUAAACCACCCAGAAGCCGGAGUUCCACAUCAACCUCUCCACCUCUCCAGACCUCACAAUCACCUCCAGACCCCACUGUGACCUCCGACCUUCACCUCUCUUCUAUGGCCCACCCGUUGGACCAACCUCCCCCUGACCGCUUCACUCAAGGGCCAAGCCCUAAUCACAACCCAGAUGCCCUUGGACCGUGUCUGUCCCCAGUACCCCCUGUAAGGGUCAUGGCUUGUGAGCCACCUGCUUUGGUGGAGCUGGUGGCUGCUGUGAGGGAGGUGGGUGACCAGCUGCGGACGCUGACUCAGGUCCUGGAACAAGACCGGCAGGAACGUCAAGUCCUGGGGCUGGGCCUAGUCCGGCUGGUAGAGGCUGCCCAGGGUCUGGGGCAGCUGAGCGAGACUGUAAAGAGACUGGCAGAGGUGGCCUGGCCUCCCAGCACCCCUGUGCCCACCACCACCACCACCGAGGAGGAGGAGAGGCCUCUGAGGGGAGAUGUGUGACUCCUUCUGAAAUUCAGGGUGCUUAAGAUGCUCUCAGACAAAAGAGAACCAAAGUAUCUACCA